AGCUAAUCAUCGCCAAGCAAAUAAAAAAAAAUUCCGCAACUAAUUAAUUCCAUAGAUAGUAAAAAUGAACUCCACAUUCGCCUCCUGGGAUCAAGUCAAAGACAGCUCAGACGACAAAUAUAACAAUAAUUAUAGAACCGAUAGUACUGGCUUUGGUGAUGAUAUUUCUCUGUCUGUUGUUGGGAUGAACGGACAAACGCAGACACAUCGUCAGUCAAAUUCAGUAGAGCUAGCAACCUUAGAUUCGCACCAACAUUCAUUCACAAUGCAACCAAGUAGAAGUGCUGGCAGUAUGCCUUCAAGACCCACUCCCGCCAAGAACAAUAGAAUAGUAUCAACAACAAAACGUGCUGCUCAAAAUAGGAACGCCCAACGUGCAUUUAGAGAACGCAAAGAUCUAUACAUUAAAGAUUUGGAAGCCAAGGCUGCCGAGGUUGAUCAACUUCGUCAAACUAUAGAGGAAUUGCGAAAUGAAAAUCUGCAGUUGCGUGACUAUACAAUUGCAUUACAAAGCAGGUUGAUUGAACUAUCACAACCAUCACAACACCAAGUCAAUAAUCCAGGAACAGCUAUAAUUCCGCCUAUAGUAGAUCAUAAUAAUCCAGUUAUGCCUCCUGUCAUGUUUAGCAAACUGCAGUAUCAAAAUGAUAGGUGAUAACGGGCAUUAUAUUUAUAAUAGUUGGAGCGUUCUACAGAAUACUGUGGGGGGGGGGAGGAGAGAGAGAUGGUUAAUAAUUAAUUUUGAGAGUUUUAAUGUUUAAUAUAUAGAGUAUUGUAUAAAUUAUGUGUAAUGAGAAAUAAAUGGGAUAUUAAGUAUAGCAUGAAGUGGGUUUUCCCCCGAUUUUUUGAGCGGCCAGUUAAUUAGCGGGCACACAUCUUAUUAUACGGCAAUUUUCAACUAAAUCUUGCAUGUCGAGAGGACAAAAGGAUUCGAAAAACAAAAGCCACCUGUCUAACAGAAUCACAAACCUCUGAAGUAAAAUACCCCAACAUAUUUCUCGCCAAGUCGUAAAUAUCGUACCGAAAUAAAAAAAAAUUUUGUUCUAGGUCCUACAACAUGGGCAUAUAGGCAUAAGGUAAUAAUUUACAGUGCUCCUCUC